AAAUUCAUAGUGACGCUGUUAGAACAUUGCUGGCCUCUUAAGACUUUGGGUGAAAUGAAAUUGAAAGUAAUUUUAUUUUAGUUCUUAACAUGGCUUCAAACUAUGAGUACGCAUCUGAUAGGAGUGUGUCAGAUUUCAGCUCCAGUGACACAGAUGAACAGUCAAAUUCGGAUUCCGAUUCAGAUGUAACAACACUACAGCAGGCCUGCACAUACUACAACAAAGGCAACUGUCGCAAUGGUGCGAGGUGUCAAGACCUGCACGUCUGCAAAUAUUAUUUGAAAGGCUCUUGUCGCUAUGGCAACAAAUGUCGCCUUAGUCAUGUUAUGAACUCCAAUCAAGAGAAGAAGGGUCGUGGCAGAAGGACUCAAAGACACAGAGAGCGCAGUCGCAGCUCCUCAAAUGACGACACAGACAGCAGCAAGCCAUAUAGAUGGCAGUUGAAUUUGGGAAACGGCUGGGAGGAUGUGGCCAAUGAUUACAUCCUGGAAGCUCAGUUCUCAAGACCUAACACUAAAGGCAUCAGGAUCUUCAACACUCCCUGUGGUGCUUUGUCUAUCGACUUUACAAAAAUGCGCAUCUUAAAGAAGGACAACGUGCGAGUCAGGCGCAAAGGCUCCCGUCACAGUGAUUGGCUAUGGUAUUACCAAGGCAACAAUGGCUGGCAUGAGUACGGGAAGAAGGAUGCACAGGGGAACGUCAGUCCAGUUGAUAGCUCCAGGUUGGAAAGUGAGUUCCAGAAGAACAGGUGUGGCACUGUUCACUUCACCAUCAAAUCCACCAACUAUGACAUAAGAUUUAAAGACAUGAGUCAGAAAAACUUGUCCACAGGCCACAAAAGAAGGAUCAGAAGACGUCCGAUAUAUGUUUCUCCUGAGGAUGGAAGCCAACUGAAAAAAGUGACAACUAUGCUGAAGAAAGCGUGGCCGUCCUCAUCUAAAAAGACUCCUCUGUGGCAGUACAGUGGGAGAGGAGGAAACUGGCAUAGUUUUACACAGCGAGAUUGCUGUAACAUAUCAAGUGCAGACAUUGAGGCAGAGUACCAGAAUAACCCUCAGGGCUCCAUGAACUUCACUGUUAAUGGAGAUCAGUAUAAACUGAACUUCUCACGAAUGACUCAAACCAACCUGAAAACGCAAGGCACUCGCAAUAUCAGACGUGUGAUGCAGUGAUGUUACUCUCGCAGCAGGUUUUGGAUAUUUGCACAGGAUACAGAAUAAUGUGUCUGAAUAAUGCAUGUACUGAUGGUGAUGGUAGUGAUAGUUAACCUGUAUUAAAUUUACACACAAAUUUUGCAUGCUGCCAUUUAAAGUUACUCAAUGUCCUGAAAAUACUGUGCUGUUGUAGUACUCUAUGUAGUAAACCUAUUCACAAAAAAAUAUUUUGAUUAGUUACUAGACUUUUCUGUGUGAUUUAUAUGCCAAUAAAUAUUUUCACAAAUGCAAGAA